CAAGUAAACACUACUUUGCUUAGCAAACUUGUCCAAUUUAUGUGUUUUGUAGGUGAUUUAUGAUAUAGCCUGGCCCGUUCUAAAAUAACGGCCCGCCCUUAAAUUCACUGUUCAUUCGAGCAUCUGAUUGAGGGGCUCACCCUCGGUUCUAUUUCCAGCAUUGCUACAAUGUACAAGCUAAUAUUUGGGUCUUCCAAUUCUACCCCAAAAUCAAGGUUCAAAAAAAGAAAAUCUCAUUUCCCUCUUUCAUCUUCUAAUUCGAAUGAGCUCUAUGUUCUUCGUCAAAGAGUGAAGACCCCGUUACUGCAGAUCCCCUCCAUAGGUGUGUCGGACCAAGGAAUUGAAGAUAUCCGCUGUUUCUUCGUUGGUUGCACAAUUAAGAGGACACGCAAGGGUCAUAUCUCGAUGAACACCUUGGGAGUUUGUGACUGGAACCUCAAGUUUGUAUAUGUACUAUCCGGUUGGGAGGGCUCUGCAGCGGACUCAUGUAUUCUUCGCGAUGCACUGAACAGGCCGCACGGGUUGAGGGUCCCAAAGGGUAACAUCAUUUUCCUUACUAAGAUAUUUUGUAUUCUUGAUCACAAUGUAAUCGCUGCUUAAUUUGUACUAGUAUUAAUGAAUUGGUCAUUCUUGGAUUUUCGUUAUAGAAAAUUUCUAUUUGUACGAUAAUGGCUAUGCCAAUUGCGAGAGCUUCCUUGCACCGUAUAAAG